GUACUCUGCGGAGGGCUGGACGGGGCGAGACAGGCCUGCGUAUCCCAAUGGGGCGACCACAGAGCCACACACAUGGUGCCUGUCAGCCCGGGGCUGCACUGUUGGGCUGGUCAGCACGUGUCUGGUGCUCGCCCGCCCUGGGUGCAGCUCAUCCACCGGCCCUUCCUGGGAACGUUCAGCCCUGCAUCUCCUCCGCCAUGCCAGGCGUCUCCUGCCGGCUGCUGCCUGCGGGACCCCUCUGUCGCAUGACUGCCGACAGACAGAAAGGCCUCUGGCAAACAAGGGGACAUUCCGGUGCAGCCUUCGCUGCGGCACCAACUGCUGCUGUGGAGGGACGGGGCGCCCGGUGCACUGGCGGGUGCUGCGCCGGCCCAGGGAGGGCACUGCUGGGAAGGGGGAUAACUCUGAUCACUUGCUGCCUGUUAGGUGAAGGACCCAACGUGGUUGUGUACAGCCUGGAUGCUGGCGGCGGAGCUGCGGGGAGCCAUUGGCAGAGGGUGCUUCGGAACCAUCGUAUCCACGGGAUCAAGGAGCGGAGGAGUCCCUCCUCAGAAGCUGAGCAGAGGACUCUGGCUGUCUUUGGGGGCAAAGGUCUCAUUGUCCUGGAGCUGUGUGCACGAGGGAAGGAAGUGAGUCUAACUGAACUCUGCCAGCUCUGUGAGCUGCACGACUGGAUAUGGGAUCUGCAGUGGUUGGCAGGCAGCACAGGGACCCUCACUCACGUUGGGUUAGCCCUUGGCCAUAAUUCUGUGGCACUGUAUGACUAUGCCAGUCACAGGACCCUGCGGGAGGUGCACUGCGAGGAGAAGUGCAUCCUCUACUCUGCUUAUCUGGUUGGAGACAGCUGGAAUGAGCUGGUGGUAGUGGCUGGCACAGUCUUUAACCAGCUUGUGGUCUGGCGCGUGGCUGACGGGAGCAAUGAAGAAGCAAGGAUAAAACCCCAGAGGAGGGUCAGUGGACACGACGGAGUCAUUUUUAGCAUCUGCUACUUGAAGAGCAAAGGCAUAUUGGCCUCAGCCUCGGAUGACCGGAGCAUUAGGGUGUGGGAUGUUGGGGACCUGCAAGCACCUCGUGAUCCAGUGCGCUGUCUCCUGGUGUGUUAUGGCCACCAGUCAAGGGUGUGGUCUGUCAGGCUGCUGAGUGACUAUCUCAUCAGCAUCGGGGAGGACGCUGCCUGCAUUGUGUGGAACUACAAUGGAGAGGUUGUUCAGAGCUUCAGAGGGCACAAAGGGCGCAGUAUCAGGGCAGUGGCUGUCCAUGAGGCACGGGGCUGGGUGGCCACAGGUGGGGCUGACACUGGGGUUAGACUCUGGCACAUUAGAGGACCUGAACCCAAUGGGAAUGGCCUUGUGCAACUAAACUUCAGCCCGCCCCAUAGGAAUGGAUCCCCCAAGGCCAUAAAGCUGGUAGACGCAAGCCAGCUCCUCGUGAUGACUGAUGCGGGGGCCAUCUACAGCUACGACUUGGCCUCUAAACGCUGGGCUUUGGUCAUGGAGGAUGCAAACUAUCAGUCCUACUGUCUCCUGGAAGUUGUGCAACUAGCCAAUGGCAUCGUGCUAUGUGCCAUGGGCAAUCUGACGGGGCAUGUCAAAGUCUUUCCCCUCUGCUGCCCCACAGAAAGUGAGGAGAAGAGGCUGUAUGAGGGGAAGGUCCACAGCCUGAGCUGGGCCGCAUGCCCACGUGGGGAUCCCAGCCAGCAUGUGCUCUUUGCCUCUGGCCCAGGGGGUGUUCUGCUCUGGCUGGAGGUCUCAUGCUGCUCCUCUGGACGAGUGGCUUCCGUGGUGGAGAAAUGUUGCUAUCUCUUGCCAGUCUGCAGGCACAGGUGGCAUACAAGCGUGGCCUUCUUGCCCGAGGAGGGGCUUUUGGUCUGUGGUGACCGCAGGGGCUCGCUGCUGCUGUUUCCCUGCAGCACUGCUCUGGGAUCUGCCUUUAGCAUCUGUUCUGUGCCAGGACAAGGGGAUGCUGCUGAUGACCCUGUGGGUCAUGGUUUGGUCUGUAAAGACUCCGGUGACAAGCCAGGUUUGAUUUCUUCCCAGGGGGAAGGAAACCGCCCCGUUCAAGGUCCCAUUUCCCUGCUCUUUGGGCUUCAUGGGAAGCUGGGUGUGACCUCAGUGACCUGCCAUGAUGGCUUUGUUUAUAGCACGGGCAGGGACGGCUGCUACCGCCAGCUGCGAGUGCAGGACCGGCAGCUGCAGGUGCUCAGGAAGCUGAAGCCAUGCAAAGGGCUGGAGUGGAUCGAACAGCUGCACUUCACCCCUGGUGGGAACCUGCUGGUGCUGGGCUUCCAUGCAAGCCACUUUGUGCUGUGGAGCUCCCGGACCAACGAGAAGCUGCACUGUGUGCCAUGUGGCGGGGGUCACCGCUCGUGGAGUUACGGCCGCUGGCUUGCUUCCGAGGUCUUUGCUUACAUCAAGUCUGGGGACGUCUUCGUCUACCAGAGCCGGGGCGGGCCCAGCAGGCAGCACCUGCUGAGGGAGCCUCUGCAUGGGCGGGAGUUGACAUGCGUGCGGCAUGUGGGCACAAUAAGGACCCGCGGGUGCUGCCCGGUGGAUAUCCUUGUGACCAGCAGUGAGGACAUGACUGCCAAUGUGAUUGCCGUCAGCGAAUCAUCCUAUUCAUUGGCUCCACUCGCAGCCAUCAGCGACCACAUCUCGAGCGUGAGAGCUCUGGCCGUGGCCAGUGGCAGUUGGCAGGAGGAGACAGCCACCUGGUCUGCUCUCCUGUUCUCUGCAGGGGGCAGGGCUGAGAUAGAGUGCUACAGACUCCUGCUCAGCUGUGACCACGAUGCCAGGAGUGGCGUGGCCUGCCAGGUCGUCCACGUGGCCUCCCACCAGCUGGACGAGCACUGGGAUCGCAUGAGGAACAAGCACCGAGUCAUCAAGAUGGACCCGGAAACCAGGUACAUGUCCAUUGCAGUUGUGGCUGGUACUGAUGAGUCCUGCCUAUUCUUGGCUGCCGCUUGCAGUGAUGGAUCUGUCCGGAUCUUCCUGAUGCUGGAGCCUGCUCAGAAGCUGCUGCUUGUGGCCGAGUCUUUUCACCACCAGCGCUGCGUCCUGAAAGUGGAGACGUUUACGCACAGGGUAGCGGGAGACAGGAGGAGACACUUCCUGUGCAGCGCUGCCACUGAUGGGAGUAUUGCAUUCUGGGACAUGACUGCCACCAUUGAGCAUGCUGCAGCCGCCCUGGAGUUGGCGAGUGGAGAGCUGCAGCCCCUCGCUCUGGGGGCCCCGUCCCUGGCUGUCCAGGCUCACAGCUGUGGCGUGAACAGCCUCCAUGUUCGGCAGACAGCGGCAGGACGAUACCUUGUGGCCAGUGGCAGUGAUGAUGGCUCCAUCCACAUCUGUCUCAUUGCUGUGGAUACAGCCCUGACUGAGCCGCCCCCCUCCCUUCCUUGGCACAUAGUGCCCCUUGGAGCCAGUGCUGGGGCUCGCAUUCUCCUGCUGGAGGCGUUCUCAAGGCCAUGUGCCCAUGCGGCCCAUGUGACAGGACUCAGGGUCUUGCGGCCAGACCUGCUGGUCUCCGCCUCCGUGGACCAGCGCCUGACGCUUUGGCAUCUACGCAAGGACAGCCUCGUCUUCCUGGGCAGCAGGUUCUGCCACGUGGCAGAUGUGGCUGAGUUGGAUUGCUGGGGAAGCGAGGAGCGGGGCUAUGGCUGUGUGCUCUGCGGGCAGGGCCUAGAGAUUGUCUGGUGCAUGGCCCGAGCGAGUCCCCAGCAGCUCCCUUCCUCCAGGGCUUUGGAAUAAAGGGGAGCACAUG